AUAUGCGGUGAAAAGCAGGAUCGCGUGUCAAACGCAAGAAAAGUCGAAGUCUAAUUGGUCAGAAAAAGCCAGUUUCGGAGACAAGGACCCGCCUCCGUCUUUAUAAACUGGAAUUCCAAUGUAUGGAGGCUGAUCAUUCAUUCGACACGUGUGCGUGUUUUACAACUAAACAAAGCAGACUGCAACGAAAACCAGGGCGCGUGCAUCCAACAGACCAGGUUCAGGUGCGAUAGGUUCAGGUGCGAUACACGUGCUGGACCAGUGCAGGCAAGUGCCCAUUUUGCAUUUUUAACAAUACAUUACAUCACUCUGCUGAGUGUUGUUUGGGUAAACUUUCUUGUAGAGCGCAACAUCCUCUCAGACCCACAGGCAGCCCUCGAGGCCGUGCAAGUUACAUACACACGCUGUCACACUAGUCGUCCCCACUCUUCUGUUAUUCUUACCUUUUGUACAUGUGUUCUGCUUGGCACAUUUUACGGACAGCAGUUGAGAGGAUUGUAAAGACAGGCGGAGACUGUGAACGAUCCUGGAGCGACUAAAGAAGGGAUUAUCAGUUUCAGGAUUUUAUUAGGGGCACAGCUUCCCAGCUGCGUUCACCUGCUCACGUCUGAGACUGUACAUGGAGAUCUCCACAGACUCCGGAUGGAUGAUCCUGCCUACGCUGGACUCGGAUGCUCCUCAUGCUGGCUUGGGGCAGGGCACCGGUUACAUGGAGCAAUCAUUAUUAUCUUUAGAGGAAGUGGAUGGAUACCUCAGUCCUAUUGAUUCUGCAGGACAUUCCUAUUUCCACACACCUUCACCUCACCAUCAAGUAAGAACAUCUUACCACCAAGUUUCAGCUCGUUUGCACGGUGGCUCUAUGUGCCACCCUCACUUUCUGCACGCGCCAGCUUACCCUUGGCUGGAGGGCAGUAAAUCGAGUCCCUCCUUGGUCCAGCAACCCAUUACCUGGUCGCAUAGUCCUUUGGGAAAGUCUGCUGGAGGAACCUCGGUCGGGAUCCCGCCGAUGUAUUCAGGCGCGUGCGCUCAUGGCUCUGCUCCGCUGGCCACGCGCUGCAGCACUCAGUUCUACUACAUGCCCCCUACACCGCCCACGGCCGCGGUUUCGGAGCCAGACGCCACCAAGCAGCCGGCGGUUCAUUUGGAUGUGUCAAAACUGCAGACUACAGGCCCUCACCGGAACUUCACGGCGCAGGACGUGGCUCCUUCUCGUGUCUUUCCAAAGUAUGCGUUAACGGUAGCGCGCGAGCACACGGAUGGACUGUUCUGCAGGAGCAUCGGAGACUUACCGGUCAAAUCAAAGAGCAAAGGGCGCACCGGCUCGGAAGGCCGUGAGUGUGUGAACUGUGGUGCUACCUACACUCCCUUGUGGCGGCGAGAUGGCACAGGCCAUUAUUUGUGUAAUGCAUGUGGACUUUACCACAAAAUGAAUGGCCAGAACCGACCACUCAUCAGACCCAAACGUCGACUGUCAUCAGCCAGGAGAGCAGGUACUUGCUGCGUAAACUGUCACACGGGCACCACCACACUGUGGAGACGUAACACCAAUGGAGAGCCUGUUUGCAAUGCCUGUGGCCUCUACUAUAAACUACACAAUAUAAACCGCCCUCUCACUAUGAAGAAGGAAGGCAUUCAGACACGCAACAGAAAAAUGUCCAGCAAAUCUAAACGAAGAAGAGGGGCAAGCUCUCAUCAGUUUCACUUUAGCAGAUUUAUGCAGGACAAACCAGGUGCCUUUAACCACAUCAGCAAUAUUUCUCACCACGUCAACAUGACUCCACCUGCCGAGUUUCAUCCAGCCUUCAGCCACAUGCACCAUGCUAACUUGGUGUCUGCCAUGAGCUGAGAACCACAUGGAGGUCUUUGCAUUCACCAGUUAAAACAGAAAGACAAUUAUUUAAGUGCUUAAUGAAUACACAAUUUUAGAAUUAUCGCUUAGAAAUCUUUUUUGUGCAUUUGACAUUAAGCUAGCUAAAUACAUGAGGCUGUUGCUUUAGCUGACUGUAUAAUAAAGUGCACUUUAUAUCAAAAGCCAGUGAUAUAUUCUAGGAAAGUGUGUAAGGUCCAAGGGAUUUUCUAUUCAAACUUAGAAAAUAGAACAAGCUUACAAAAUUUAGUUGAGGAUUAUUUUAAAAUCUAUUGAUAUGCUUAGUCACAGAAUCAGAGUGUAUUAGAGGUACAGGUGAAAACCUGGGGUUUCCAGAGCAUGAAAGUGGGGAAUGCUGAGACAGAGGGAUUUUACAGUCCAGUGAUACUUAAUGAAAAGUGUGUGUGUGUGUGUGUGUGUGUGUGUGUGUGUGUGUGUGUGUGUGUGUGUGUGUGUGUGUGUGUGUGUUUGAUAAAACUGAAUGUUUUGUUCUUUCUGAUAUUGCCCCACUUCCACUACCUACUCCUUCCAAAAUUCUUCAAAUAUACUUCUUUAUAAUUUUAGUUAAUUUUUUUUAGAACUAACACCUUUAGCAGCUUUCCAGGAAUGAUUGAUAUUUCUGUUCACGUCCCAAUACCUUCAGUGAAGUUUAACAGUUUUCUAAUGCAUUUCAUUAAAUAAAGUGCUAUUUAUAUUAUUAAAAAAUGUCUGUUACUGAUUUACAAGGCUAAAUAGCUAUGUGGUCUAAUUAAAAUGAUGAUAACUAUCUGAUGAGCUCCAUCAUGUAUAUUUGAGCUGAUUAUUGGCUUGAGGAGAACAUCUUAUCCAAUAUGUACUGUACUGUCUAUACAACAACGUUUAAUUGUUUUAGAAAUCCAAACUGACACGUGUGGCUGUGGGCUGAACACAUGCCUCUUAGACACUAAUGUUAUCAGUGUAAAGAGCAGAUUAGAAGAAUGAAUGGAGCACUAGACUCCAGAGGGAAUAAGACAUGAGAUAACACUGAAAGACUAGUGGGAGUUCUUUACUCUGGACUAGAGGAGAGCUGUUUAAGAGAACAAGCAACCAGAUUUCUUUGAGUAUUUUUAAAAUCGCACAGGGGCAACAAUGUAUUAUCUGUUACAUGCAUCAAUUCUCAUAAGGUUUGCCAAUAGAAGAAUAUGUAAGAUUCUAAAAACAAGCACUUCAGGCAUUUAUAGCAUAAUAAAAUCAGCUUAAUCAUUCUUAUUUUUUUGCAGUAAUAAUAGUAAUAGCUAAUAGUGAAAUUAGGGGACUGGUAGCUCAGUGUUUAAGGUGUUGAGUUACUGAUCGGAAGAUCAGGGGUAUCACCAAGCUGCCACUCUUGGGCCCUUGAGCAAGGCCCCUUAAGCCUUAAAUAAUGGCUGACCCUGCGCUCUGACUUCCAAGCAAGCUGGGAUAUGCGAAGAAAGAAUUUUACUGUGUUGUGAUGUAAAUGUUACAAAUAAUGGCUAUUCCAUUCUAUAAAAAAUGUAAAUUGAACAUCAAUCUGUAACAAUAACCUGUUAAAUUGUAAUGUAAUAAAUUGAAAAUUGUUUGUGAACAGUAAUUAAUAUGCCAUGGAAAUGAAAAUCACUUUCACAAGAA